AAGGGGGAGCUAGCAGGCGACUGGAGGUAGAGACCAAGGGGAGACGCACGAAGCUCCGCUCCCGGUUAUGAUUUUCCCCCUUCCAGCUCCUUCGUACAAACGCGCCGGGAUUUUGCUCUAAACCCCCACCCGGGCCGCGGCCUAGUUACGGAAGCCGGGAUAGAACGGAUGGCCGCUCCGCUGCGUCUUAAAAUCUUCCCAACUCCCACUGACAGUCUCCUACGACCCAGGGGAGAAUUUUUUGCUAACUCCUUGGAUCCUAAGGCCGUUGAAGAUGGGGGGCAUCGAGAACAACGAAAGACUCGCUCUGAAACCCGGAAGGCCCUCGCGGGGUAUCGAGAUCGAACGAGGCGGGGUGCUUCCCCCGGUAUUUCGAUGUGUUACAAACCUAGGAGCGUCCUUAUUUUUUCAUCUUUGUAACACCCCCAUCGCCCCCACCCCGCCUUAGCUUCAGGGUUGCAAAAGCAGAGCAAUAAAGAAAAAAAAACCUGCGCACACACUCAGACACACGCCAGUGGCGACAGGGGAGAGUUGGAAAAACGCAGGAGAGAAGGAGGAGGCAGGAGAGAGCGGGGAUGGAGCAAUGGGAGCGAGAGAACAGGCAGAAUCCCUCACAGAUCCCCCUCCGGCUUCAAGCUGCCUCGCCCGCCCCGGCGGGGGAGCGAGGAGUCCGGCGAGCAGAUGGAGCGGAGCUCGCUCUAGGCAGCUGGCUUGGCCGGAGACUGGAGGAGCCGCCAAGCGACCGGCUGAUUGGAAGAGAAACGCAGAGCGAUGGAGGCGGGGGUAGGAGGACGAUUUCUCUGCGGGGACUGGCGGCGGCGUACACGCCCGGGUCGGGCGCUGCAGAGCUUGGCUAGCUUUCAACCCGCGCUCGGCGGCUCCAGCCCCGCGCACCCCCGCCCCCAGCCCUGCCGACGGCCCCGCAGGGUGAGGUGGCUUUGACCCCGGGUUGCCCGGCCAGCGCAACCGAGGAGGUGGCUGGACAGCUGGAGAAUGAACGGAGAAGCAGACUGUCCCACAGACCUGGAAAUGGCCGCCCCCAAAGGCCAAGACCGCUGGUCCCAGGAAGAUAUGCUGACUUUGCUGGAGUGCAUGAAGAACAACCUUCCAUCCAACGAUAGCUCCAAGUUCAAAACCACAGAGUCGCAUAUGGACUGGGAAAAGGUGGCGUUUAAGGAUUUUUCGGGAGACAUGUGCAAGCUCAAAUGGGUGGAGAUCUCUAAUGAGGUGAGAAAUUUCCGUACACUGACGGAGUUGAUUCUUGAUGCUCAGGAACAUGUUAAAAAUCCUUACAAAGGCAAAAAACUCAAGAAACACCCAGAUUUCCCAAAGAAGCCUCUCACACCUUAUUUCCGCUUCUUCAUGGAGAAGCGGGCCAAAUAUGCGAAACUUCACCCUGAGAUGAGCAACCUGGACCUGACCAAGAUUCUAUCUAAGAAAUACAAGGAGCUUCCAGAGAAGAAGAAGAUGAAAUAUAUUCAGGACUUCCAGAGUGAGAAACAGGAGUUCGAGCGAAACCUGGCCCGAUUCAGGGAGGAUCACCCUGACCUUAUCCAGAAUGCCAAGAAGUCGGACAUCCCUGAGAAGCCCAAAACUCCCCAGCAACUGUGGUAUACCCAUGAGAAGAAGGUGUAUCUCAAAGUGCGGCCGGAUGCCACUACGAAGGAGGUGAAGGACUCCCUGGGGAAGCAGUGGUCUCAGCUCUCGGACAAAAAGAGGCUGAAAUGGAUUCAUAAGGCCCUGGAGCAGCGGAAGGAGUACGAGGAGAUUAUGCGUGAUUAUAUACAGAAGCACCCCGAGCUAAACAUCAGCGAGGAAGGAAUCACCAAAUCUACCCUCACCAAGGCCGAACGCCAGCUCAAGGACAAGUUUGAUGGGCGACCCACCAAGCCACCUCCGAACAGCUACUCCUUGUACUGUGCAGAGCUCAUGGCCAACAUGAAGGAUGUGCCCAGCACGGAGCGCAUGGUGCUAUGCAGCCAGCAGUGGAAGCUGCUCUCCCAGAAGGAAAAGGAUGCGUAUCACAAGAAGUGCGACCAGAAAAAGAAAGAUUAUGAGGUAGAACUGCUGCGGUUCCUGGAGAGCUUGCCCGAGGAGGAGCAGCAGCGGGUCCUCGGGGAGGAAAAGAUGUUGAACAUCAAUAAGAAGCAGACUACCAGUCCAGCCUCUAAGAAGCCUUCACAGGAAGGUGGCAAGGGGGGCUCUGAAAAGCCCAAGCGGCCUGUGUCUGCCAUGUUCAUUUUCUCAGAGGAGAAGAGACGGCAGCUACAGGAGGAGCGGCCUGAGCUCUCAGAAAGCGAGCUUACCCGCCUGCUGGCCCGCAUGUGGAACGACUUGUCCGAGAAGAAGAAGGCUAAAUAUAAGGCCCGAGAGGCUGCUCUGAAGGCGCAGUCUGAGAGGAAGCCAGGUGCAGAGCGAGAAGAGCGGGGCAAGCUGCCUGAGUCACCCAAGAGAGCUGAGGAAAUCUGGCAGCAGAGUGUCAUCGGAGAUUAUCUGGCUCGCUUCAAGAAUGACCGGGUGAAAGCCUUGAAGGCCAUGGAGAUGACUUGGAACAACAUGGAAAAGAAGGAGAAGCUGAUGUGGAUUAAGAAGGCAGCAGAAGACCAAAAACGAUAUGAGAGGGAGUUAAGUGAGAUGCGGGCCCCUCCAGCUGCUCCGAACUCUUCCAAGAAGAUGAAGUUCCAGGGGGAGCCCAAGAAACCUCCCAUGAACGGUUACCAGAAGUUCUCCCAGGAGUUGCUGUCCAACGGGGAGCUGAAUCACCUGCCGCUGAAGGACCGCAUGGUAGAGAUCGGCAGCCGCUGGCAGCGCAUCUCCCAGAGCCAGAAGGAGCACUAUAAAAAGCUGGCUGAGGAGCAGCAGAAGCAAUACAAGGUGCACUUGGACCUCUGGGUCAAGAGCCUGUCUCCCCAGGACCGUGCAGCAUACAAAGAGUACAUCUCCAAUAAACGUAAGAACAUGACUAAGCUUCGAGGCCCAAAUCCUAAGUCCAGCCGGACCACCCUGCAGUCUAAGUCGGAGUCGGAGGAGGAGGAGGACGAGGAGGAGGAUGACGACGAUGACGAGGAAGAAGAGGAAGAUGAUGAGAACGGGGACUCCUCCGAGGAUGGAGGGGACUCUUCUGAGUCUAGCAGCGAAGACGAGAGCGAGGAUGGAGAUGAGAAUGAGGAUGACGAUGAGGACGACGAUGAUGACGAAGAUGACGACGAGGAUGAAGACAAUGAGUCUGAGGGCAGCAGCUCCAGCUCUUCCUCUUCAGGGGACUCCUCAGACUCUGACUCCAACUAAGGCUCACCCCCCCCACACACCCUGGGCAGGCAGCCAAGGAGAGCCACUGAAGAGCUCCCUCCCCAACUGACCACCUUUGUCUCUCCCUGUGUUCUGUCCCCUGUCCCCUCGGCCUCCCCCACUAUCUUUCUUUCUUCCUUUUUUUUUUAAAAAAAAAAAAUCAGUGGGGGUAGGAGGCUGCAUGAGCCCAAGCUAGGACUCUGCAGUCUUGGAGCCAUCAGCUCCAGGGGUUCUCCAGGGACAGCAACCAUCAGACUGAGCCAGCAUUGGACCGACCCACCCCAUCCCCCUUCUGCACUUGCAGUGCUGACGUGGACAAUGGACCAGGGAGUUUGGGGGUGGGAGCGUGUCCUGAAGAGUUGGGUGAGGCCUCCACACCUGCAGCCUGCACCAAGGUGGAUGUUCAGGGGAGCCUUUCCUUCCCAGAAGGGCUUGCCGCCUGACCUCCCACAUUGAACUGGAGGGAGAGAAGGGUGCUGCCUUCAAGAAAGUGGGCAGUGUCCAUGUCCCUCUCCCCUGCCCCUGCAGGAAGGAGCUGCCUGGACCCGUUCAUGGGGGAGGGGCAGAGUGUUUUUUAUAUAUGUGUAUAUAUUUUUUUUUUAAGCGCUGAGCUGUCAACGAGACGUUUCCUACCGAUCUCGGCUACCGUCUCUGUUGUCAUUUCUGGGUAUGGGAGGGCUUGGGGUUGGAUGGGUUGAGACUUAAAAAAUGGUCUUGAUAUAUAGACUGUGAGACUGUGUGUGCGCGCGCGCCUGUUGUGUGCUUGCUGUAGCAUGGAUGCACCUGUGGAUAAGGAAGUGUGCCUGAGUGCAUUUGUGUGUCUGUAAGAGAGAACCCACCUCCAUGUUUGAAUCUGGAAAAAGGGUUAGUAAAGGCCUGGGAGAUGGUGACCCUGACAGGAACAGGCCAAGGCUGCCCCUCCCUGCAGUCUUCCACUGUGGUGGCUAUCUGGGUCCAUUAUAGAGGGCAUGGAAACCACCUGAUGCUUCCUACACCAGUUUGCCUCUGCUAGGGUCGUGUAUCUCUGGGCUGCUGCAGUCUGUGCUGUCCAGCAGGAAAGUGGGAAAGGGCAGACAAUGGUAUGAGCCUUAAAGCUUCCCUUUAGUAGUAAAGGUCUCCUGGCUCAUCUGGGGGUGUCCCUGGGGAUUCAGGAAACGUCCUGAGAUUCUUUUUUUUUUUUUUUUGGUUUUUCGAGACAGGGUUUCUCUGUGGCUUUGGAGCCUGUCCUGGAACUAGCUCUGUAGACCAGGCUGGUCUCGAACUCACAGAGAUCCGCCUGCCUCUGCCUCCCGAGUGCUGGGAUUAAUGGUGUGCGCCGCCACCACCGCCCGGCCUGAGAUCUUUUUACCUACUUGUCUUAACUGCCUUCCCUCAUGUCCUCUGGCCACCCCCAUUUCCUUUGAUUUCUCAGGUCUACCCUCCCCUCCUGCCUCCACCCCUGUAUCUGGGGGAAGGGACUGCAGAAGGUGCUUUCUGCAACUGGCCCUCUAACCCUUGGGGUUAGUUAGUCCCUGGACUCUUCAUAAGCUGAGUCCCCUCACCGUGGAGAUUUUCACUUUGACUAAGUUGGCCAGAACUGGUUUUGUUAAUGCUAUUGGGUUUUGUGCUGCCCCAUCUUUUGCCUCUUGAAUGAAAGCCAGGGGUGGGAAGUAGGCUCUCCACGGAAAAUGUGGGGCUGCAGUCCAGCUGCCAGCCCCGUCGAGGGCCUGGACUAUUGUGAAGGCUCCUGGAGAGUGAUACCACCCUACAUACACACACACACACACACACACACACACACACACACACACACUGUUCUUGUGCUAAAAAUCAGUGCCAGGGUUUUAAUUCCUGAGAGGGCUUCAAAGAAUCCCAUGUCCUUGUUUGAAUACCCUGGACCAUUACACUUGAGUGGAAUGUUCUCUCUUAAAAACAACUUUAAACACUACAUGUGUUCCUCCCAUUUCAAGUAUUGGGACAUCGUUACAAACGGCUGUGAUACCAGUGGGGGAAUGUUGGUGCCGUCAGAGGUUGCCCAGGGUGCAUUUUAGUACUGGGACCCUCUCCCCCUUUUUUUUAAUAUUUGAGGAGUAUUUGGUAGGUUCCAACAACAACCACCGAUUGAAUUUGUACCACCAAGGGAGCAGCUUAGAUGUGACUGACCCAGCUUAAGGCCCACUGUGGAGGUUUUGUUUUCCCCUUUUUGUACAAUAAAAUGAAAAAACCAA